AUGUGGAAGUGUGCUUUUCCUUUCUUUGCAGCCCUGCUGACUGUUGGAUCCGCUCAGGGGCUUCCAGGAGGUCCGACAGACAUCAACGCAAAUGACCCGGAAGUCCAAGCUGCUCUGAAGUUUGCUAUGAAAGAAUACAACAAGGGUUCCAGCGACCAGUACCUCUAUGUAGUGGUGGAUGUGAUCAGGGUUCAGGGACAGGUGGUUGAAGGCUACAAUUACUUUCUUACUGUGAAAAUAGCCAAAACUCUGUGCAGAAAGAACUCCAAUGUUUCAGGGUGUUCUCCCAUCUCAAAUUCACCCAUGGCCAAGACUUACGAAUGCACAUUCGUUGUGUGGAGUCGCCCAUGGCUCAAUGAUAUACAGCUGAUGGAACAGCAGUGCCACCAGCUGCAUUCUUAACCAAGA